CAAAGAGAGAUUGUUUAAUGUUGUUUAUGGUUCACAUUUUUAUACAUCACAUUUUCACUGAAUCUUCCUCUGCGUCUCUCAGGAGGAAGAAUAGCACCUAGUUGCAUCAGAAGAAGCAAUAUUUAGGAGAAGGGUUUUUUCUUGAGUGACAAUGGAAGGGGUAGAAGAGUUUGAUGAAGAAGAUGUGUGGUCAGUUUUGAGAGAAAAAGAAACUCCAGGUCCUGAAAUGAUAAUGUCCAAAAGUAACAAUCUCUUCUCGGCCUCUUCAUCAUCUUCUGCGAGGUACAUUCCUAAGGGCAACGAGGUCUCCGGGGCAAAACAGUCAUCUGCUCCAAUGAAUGUUCCUGACUGGUCCAAGAUUUAUGGGAACACAAAGAAGAACACAAGAAGCAGCCAUUUGCUCAUUCAUGAUGAUGAUGAUGAUGAAGACGCAAUGGUUCCUCCCCAUGAAUUGGUAGCAAGAAGGCUCGCAAGAACACAGAUCUCAUCUUUCUCCAUGUGUGAAGGAAUCGGACGAACACUCAAAGGAAGAGAUCUCAGCAAAACAAGGAAUGCUAUCUUAACCCAAACAGGUUUCUUGGAAUCGAACAUCACAUCAACAUCACCACCACCACCAGCAUAG